AGCUUUGUUCCCUGAGCUACCAAGAAUAUGUGUAUGUGGUGUGUGUGUGUCUGGACAUCACAUACCACAGUAUUCUAUGUAGCAGGUGUUAUGUGCCAGAAAUUCCAUCGGAGCACUCCGGGCAAAAUAAGGCCUGAGUUCCAAGAGGAAGCAAGUUUCUCAAUGUACUAACAGUGCGAUGAUUUUAUAACACUUGUUCUUACAAGGAAUAACGGCUCUGUUUUUGCACCUACCUGAAUCAGACUGCACUUUAAAGCUGAUGCAUCGUCUCAGCAUCCCAAGAAACAAAAUCAUCUUGUUGAACAUCUGCUAGAACAUUAAAAAGCAUGAACAGUUGUUUGCAAAAGCAGUAAAACUGUCCUCUGCCAUUUGUAACAAGUUGAAGAUGGCCUCUACAGGACUGCAGCUCAUAGGCUUUUUUCUUGGCCUGAUAUCAUUCAUUGGAAACACAGUGGUUAUUUUUCUACCGCAGUGGCAACGGUCAGCAUAUAUCGAUUCAAAUAUUGUCACUUUUGUUGGCUACAUGCGGGGACUUUGGAUGGAGUGCACCUACCACAGCACAGGAAUUGUUCAGUGCGAACCCUACAGCUCAUUACUUGACAUGCCUGCAGAUGUCCAAGCAGCGAGAGCCAUGAUGAUCAUUUCAGGGAUACUUUUCAUAUUUGCAUUAAUCAUCUCAGUGGUGGGUAUGAAGUGCACCAUUUUCCUUGGUGACUCCCCUGUUAAGGACAAUCUGGCUGCAGCUGGUGGAGGCUUUUUCUUUGCAGCUGGCCUCAUGUCAAUUGUGCCAGUUACUUGGCAUAUGCAUAAGAUAAUUGUUGAUUUCCAUAAUCCCAGCAUCCAUUCCUCCUUGAAAUUUGAGAUUGGGGAAGCUCUUUAUCUGGGUACAGCCUGUUCUCUUCUGUCCAUCAUUGGUGGGGCUAUACUUUGCAUGUCUUGUAGCUGGAAAAACACAUCAUCCCCGUACAGCAGCUGGAGCCCUCCAAGACCACCGGUAACUAGAAGCUCAACUGUCCUAAGACUGGACCACAUAACACCUCUUGAAAUGCAACAUAAUCGGAGUGCGUGUAGUGACUAUAUCCUUACUGGGUACGUGUAGCCAGCACAAAUAUGUCAUACUACAGACUGAUGGCUUACUUACGUUAGCAUGUUCCAGCUCCUAAACAAAUGUGCUUCUUCAAAGUGUUUACAGUACUGCCUGUCCAUUUAUUAUAGCAUGUUUCAAAUUUCAGAAUGUCAGGGAUUGUUAAUGUAUCUGCUUACACAGUACACGUAUGAAAACAAUGUUAAUGUAUCUGCUUACACAGCACACAUAUGAACACAAUGUUAAUGUAUCUGCUUACACAGCACACUUAUGAACACAAUGUUAAUGUAUCUGCUUACACAGCAUAUGUAUGAACACAAUGUUAAUGUAUCUGCUUACACAGAACACAUAUGAGCACAAUGUUAAUAUAUCUGUUUACAUAGCACACGUAUGAACACAAUGUUAAUGUAUCUGCUUACACAGCACAGAUAUGAACACAAUGUUAAUGUAUCUGCUUACACAGCACACGUAUGAACACAAUGUUAAUGUAUCUGCUUACACAGCACACGUAUGAACACAAUGUUAAUGUAUCUGCUUACACAGCACAUGUAUGAACGCAAGCAGCAGUUACUCCUUUGUCCUAUGGUUUCUCAACUAUUUUGUGUUUCCAAUGAAUGCAACAAUUCAUAGAAAGGAAUUUUUUUAUGAUAAGAUCUACUACUGUGACCAAAAUUAGCCAGUAAGAUUGCUGACAUAUUUUUAAUUCUUCACUUCCAGUAUUACUAUUUACAUUAAAUAAAUACUCAAACAAC